CGUUAGCGAGGUGCGCUUGGCGAGGCUCGCCUGGUCCCCCGCCGCCGCCGCCGCCUGGUGGCCGACUCCAGCACCACGCCGCCGAGGUAAACAAUUUUGAACAUGCCAGUGAUAUUUUUGAUCCGUGAGUUGCGGUGAGGUGACAUGUGCAUAUCGAAACAUUUGUGUUAGUUUCUUGAAGAGUCGAAGAACGCAGUGAAUGAAAAAUACCGAGACAAUAUGUUAAAGUGCGAUUAUUUUGUAUAAAAAAGGUGAAGUUGACAGGUGGAGGCUCGUCAAGUCACGUCUGAGUAGAGACUAAUGUUUCCUGUCAUGAGAUGAUAAUUAACUGCCAUGAGUUGAUAAUUAGCGGUGUAUAGUACCCAGGGAAAUAAGACCGCCGCCAUGUUCCGCUCUGCGUGUGACUACCUGGCCAGCAAGGCUGGCCUGGACGUGAGUACAGACAACGUCAGUGAUGAGGACUCCUCUAAAGAGAAUUCUUUAAUCAAUUACCAAACUCAGUACCCAUCACUGACCAUGCCUAAGGAGUCUCCUGGGGUGACCUCUCCGUGGGGUCACACCCUCACCCCGAGGAAUGUGACCCCGGCACACACCCCUCCGACGGCUCUGCAGCAGAGGUUGAUGCUGGAUAGGACCCCGUCUCCGGCCACGGCUCCUAAACAGAAUGUUCCUUGGAAUGAUUUAAGCUUUGCUGCAGAAGUGGUGAGUCCUGGCUUUGCCAGCCGUGUAGUAAGGGAGGCUCAAUCCCAGACCAUGAAUGCCAGAAGCCCAUCAGAAAAUCGAAGGCAGUAUCCAACAGCACAAGAGAGAUUUGUUAGAGCUGGGGUCCUUCCAAAUGUCUGCUUAAAUGGCCGUACAAAAGCAGUUUUAACACCUCGAAGAACUCCCACUGCACCACUUCUUCCAUUAGGCCGUUCCUCAUCAUCAACAUUCUCCUCGUCCCUUUCUUCAGAUUUUCUCACUUCUACAACUCCAAGGAUGCCAGAUAUUCGGUCGGUAGCAUCAGUACUGGAACCAACAAGUACGUCUAGUGAAUGUGUACGUGACCCGACCAGCGUUCAGGCAGUUGUUGCUGCACUUCAGCAGGCUCAGGUUGGCAAGGGGAUCAAGAGAGGAUCUUGUUAUGCAGAGCCCGAGGACUUGAGCAAGAGGCAGAAGUGCAGCACUACAGGCACGGUUGUUUCAUCCUCCAUGCCUAUCAACUAUUCUAGGGAUUACAUGGAAGAGGGUCAAAACUGCAGCAGUAACGGCACCACAGGUGGAGGUGGGGAGAAACGUGCACUAGACUUGAGUCCCAGUGCUCAGGGAAACUCACGACAGCUGAGUCCAGAGAACAAGAAGCGAUGUGUCCUAGAUCCAAUGAUGGCAUCAUUUUCAUCUUCCAAACAUAUUGUGGAACUUGGAAUGCUUCGGGCAAAUGGACGAGACACCCCAUUCUCCAUGUAUGAUUCCAGACAAGACACAGAUUCUGAAAGCAAUCCGAGUGUUGGGUCAGCACGGUCUAAAAACUCUGAGCAAUCGUUGCACCACCAGACAAGUGAGGCUACCGGAGGAGAGUCGUGUAUCAUCAGCCCAGGACCAUCCGAUGGAGACCCUUCGGACCGUUCAGGGUCUCACACUCCUCAGAGCACUCGUGGCGAUAGUUCCAAUAGUAGUGGAGCUGUAGGAAAUGGAGGCACGGCCAACACCUCCCGCACCUCAACCCCAAGGAACCCUACCCCACCCAGACCCACGCAUGUAAUAUCCUUAGAGGCAUAUAAAGCUGAAAAGGCAAAGGGUCAACAGAGACUAAAGAAGAUGUUGGGGAUGCUCUUCCAUGUUAAAGAGGGUGAAGAGCCUCAAACAUCCAAAUCCGGCGAGUCAACUCCAAGUGCUUCAGGCUCUGCUUUUACACUGGUCGUACCUGCAUCAACUUCUGCAAGUUUAGCUCCAUCACUUACAUGGAAUUCAAACCUUACGAGUUCCUCUGUAACCUCAGAACCUUCAAUUGCUACCACAGUGACUGGAGGGCUUGGAACAGUUUUAUCAUCUAAUUCAUCACUGAAGAAUAAUGCAACUGAAGAGAACACUUCAACAUCCAACACUGUUGCUCAAACCUCCUCCUCUGAAGGAACUAAUAAUGAUGUUUCUGCUUGCUUUACCGUCUCUCUCAAACCGUCUAGGAUCUCGGUAACAACCAGCAAAGAUGACAACUCUGGCAAUAAAGAUAAUGUAAAAAUAAGAGAAAGUGAUAAGGAAAGUGAUGUGACAAUUACUGCAAUGCUAAAGCUUCCUUUGGCUGCCAACGAUAAUGCAGAUGAUGUUAAGGAUAAGGAAAAAGCUAAUGCAGAAAAUGCCAAUAAGAAUAAUAAAGAAAAUGUAACUAAUUUAUUUUCUCACUCCAAAAAAGUAUCUUCAGAUGCACCUACAUCUUCAUCACUAGUAGAGUUCUUGAAAGCAACCUCAUCGGCAAAGAAUGGGACAGUUCCUACCUUGUCUUUAUGCGGAAAUUCUCCUUUAGAAAACAAAGCAUCUACAACGACAACAUCUGCAACUGUUUCUGAGCCAAGCCAGUUUCCUAGAACUUCACCACUUACUCCUCCAUCUGCUAGAGCUGUUAGCCCAGGAAGUGCAGGGCCACCACCCCAAACAUUUUCAUCACCCCAAACUUCAGCCUCGCCUUUGUCAAUGUAUUCCUCUGCUUUUUCUCCAACGACGUUGUCACUAAAAUACCCCCAAGCUGUAAGCUCUGUUGCAAAUACAUUUAGUUUCAGUGCACCAUGUACAACAAAUUUAAUAACAAAUUUAUCAAACACAGUUGAAAAUGAUGCUUCAGCAGCAAUGUCUGAAUCUGGUUAUACGAGUAUGCCUGCCGACAGUCUUCGGCAUAAUUUUGGUGUUGUCUCAAGUAGUAGUAGUAUUACUUCAACAGGAAGUGUUAUGUCAAGUGGCUUCUACAGUAACAGUGCUGCUCCUCCUCCUUAUGCAUCAACAAUCACAACACAAGUUGGAUCUGCACCAGUGAAUACUUCCACCAUAGGAUCUGCUGCUGAAUCCUCAUCCAACUCUACAGCUGGAGUAUUUGCUUUUGGUAGUGGCAUUAAUGCCUUUAAUAUUCAGCAGGCUCCUUUCCUCUUUUUAGAUUCUAAGAAGUCCACUUUUUCAAAUGAUUUAACUACUGGGAGUGCAGUUCCUUCUCUUGGGUUUUCAUUUAGUAACUCCCAGACUUCCUCCUCGGCAACACUGCCAUUUGGAUCUAUUGGAACCACGCAAGUAACCCCAUCUUUGUCAUCAACAAGUUAUGGAAGCACCUUAAAUUUUGGCAGUCAAAUGGGAACAACAACUGCUACAGCACCAACAGCCUUUAGUUUAUCUACAUCCGUUUCAGGCUCAUCACCUUUUGGUACAACAUCAGGUGUUGCUGCUCAUCCUACAUUUAGUUCAACAACGACAACUACCACUAGUACUACUACUGCUACUGCUGGUCCUGCUACUGUUGCAGCUGUGACAACUCAGGCUUCUUCAUUUACCUUUGGACAGACCAUGGCAUCUCCAUCAACCACAACUGCAACUACUUCACCCUUUGCAUUUGGGUCUGCAACUACACAAGUAGCUUCAGGAACAUCAGCCCCUCUCUUUCAGUUUGGCAGAGCAGCUGCACCAACUACUACAGUUGUACCUCCUCAGCCAUUUGCCCCUUCUGUAGCAAGCACACAAAGCUCAACAGCUACUUCUCCCUUGUUUGCUUUUGAUACAAGUGGAACAAACACAGCAGCUUCAGUUGUACCAAUAGCUGCAACUUCUACUCCAUCAUUUACUUUUGGCCCUCCAAAAACUAACACAACAACUCCAACAUUUGGUGCCACUACAGAUACAUCUGCUAAAGUUGCAGCGCCAUCUAGUUUCAACUUUUCUUCAGUGCCAGCUGCAACCACGACAUCUGCACCAUCAACAGGUUUCACGUUUGGUCCUCCAACUUCUACACCAUCUGCUGGAUUUCAGUUUGCCCAAUCAGCUACAUCUCCCUCAAAUAAUAUAAAAUCCAGUGGCCCAUAUCUGUUUGGCAACAGUACUGGUAAGACCCCCAGUUUUGGUGCUAGCUCUGCCUCUCCAUUUAGCUUUGGAGGAAGUACUCCUAAUGCCCAAUCUUUUGGAACUGUGCCAAAUCAAGGCUUUGGUGCUCAAACAACAAGUACUUCAACAUUUGCAACAUCAACCCCAAGUUUUGGAACUUCAACAGUUAACCCUGCAUCUCCAUUUGGAUCAUCUAAUGCUUUUGGGGCAAGUUCCCCAAAUUCAUCAUUUACUCCCAGCUUUGGAUCUACACCUAAUGUCAACAAGACGAACAAUAGUGGCGGUAAUCCUUUUGGUGUACCAGGAGCUGCGACACCAUCAUUUGCAGCCACAGGAAUGCAGGGUGCUGCGCCAAUAUUUGCAGCCACUAAUAAGCCAGUCCAGGCUCCAAGCUUUGGUAGUUCAAGCACAACUGGCGGAUUUGGUUCAUCACAAACGUCCUCAUUUGGAACACCAACCUUUGGUAAUGAUAAAAAUGUUGCUGAUAAAGGAUCAGCUUUCCAGUUUGGUCAAGGGGCUAAUAGUACUCCAUCAUUUGCUACAAGUCCCCCAACCUUUGGAGGAGCUACAAGUCCCCCAACCUUUGGAGGGGCUGCCAGUCCACUAUCAUUUGGUGGAGCUACAAGCCCCACAGCAUUUGGUUCUGGAGCGUCUGCUUCUGGUGCUCCAGGUGGUCCAGUAUUUCAGUUUGGUACAACAAAUCCUCCAUCGUUCAAUGCAGGUAACACCGCAAAUACUAGGAGACCCAGAGCUCGUGCUCCGAGGCGGCAUCAUCGUUAAUGAGUGCAAACUUUCUACAUUGAAACUCUAGAUCAGAAUGAUUAUAAGAUUAGAAAGAAAAAAAAAGUGCUUAUUUAUCUUCGAUUAUAUAGCUUCUUAAACCCAUGAACUUCUGGUUGGUGCCAUUGUAUAAGAUGCCAAUCAGAUGUUGAUAUUCUGUACAUAGCUAUUAGCACCUUUUAAAUUAAGACAUAUAUUAAGAUCUGUAUUUAAUGUGUAAUCUACAGUCAUACUGUAAGGUGAUGCAGAUCAUUACUACAGGUUGGUGCCAUGAAAAUUGUUUGCUGAUCAAUCUUAGGUACAUAUUUUGAAAUAAUUGUGAUCUUGGCUUUUAGUAUAAAAUAUAUCAUCUUAUGGUCAGCUGUCUUACUACCCUAUAAAUGGCUAAGCUAACUGGAGCCAUUUAAUUAGCUCCAAUCAGCUAAUUGGAGCUGAUUAGAGCCAUUUAAGGGUUAAUAAAAAUUUUUUUAUCCAGAUAUGACAUCUUUUUCUGUACAGAAAGGGGGUCAGGCAAGAUGAUCUACAUGUGACAAUAGCUCUUUCCCCCCCCCCCCCCUCCCUAUCCCCAUGCAAAUAUUUCAUUUCUAGACCUGUCUUGGUUGUGCUCCCUCAUUAAAUGUAUUUCCACUUAGUGUCUUUUCAUCUGCAGUAUUCUCCCUUGCAUUAUUCUCUAGAUAUCUAUACCUUAAUACAGUACUGAACUCUAUAAAGUGAGCGCACACAAACAUAUACCAUUUGAAAUCGAGUUGUUGCACAUAAAGUAGAAUAUUUUUCUCGUUUUACUUCAAGCCAAGAACAUUAACUUUGGAUUAUUGGAAUUGUUAUAUUUUUUUAGUUUUACAAAGGUGGAGCCAUUUAGUUAUUGCUUUGCUCAUUUAUGAGCUUGAACAGUUCUUUCAAAAAAUCUGUGGUCAUUUUAAGCUAAAUUUUGAAAUAAUGCACAAAACUGUGGUAAAUUGCUUUCAGGUUUUUAUCCUGCAGCUAUCUUUCAUUUUAUGUAGGAGUUGUUUAUGAUACUGUGGUCAGACAUGAAAAAGAAAUGCUUGUACAUUCUCACUGAGAAACUUGUACGUGUUUUUUUUUCUGAAUUAUCAUCAUGGUAUUGUUUGUAUGAUAUUUAUUAAUGACAUGUAAGUCAUAUUCUGUCAUAUUACUAUAUUCUGUAAAUAACACAAGUAAGACUUAUGUAUAUAAAUAACAUUAAUAAUGGAAACAAAUAAGUGUAUGCAAUGGAAGCACAAGAUUAGUUAAAAAGCUGUUUGUGUGUUGUUAUUACCAUGUGACAGUGAAACAUGCAAAAUCUUUCUCUUAUUUUAUUUUUUUUUCUCCUGCAAAUCUCCUCACAGCUUUGUGUAUCCAUGGCUCAACAGCAGUGCCUGCAAUCUUUAACCACAAAACUCGACAUGUUAGAUUGGACGCUUGGACAAUGAAGCAGUCAUAUGACAGCGUAAAUUUCCUCUGAGGUUAUCAAUAUUGUAUUGGAUUUAAGAUUGUUAUAUGAUAUAAAAUGUCAAUUUUUAUUCUCUCCAUCCCUUUUAUCCUCUUCAUUUUCUGCGGCUAUUUAUUCCUUUCUUCCAGCCAUCACAUGUUCUCGUUUCCUAUGCCGUGCUAUGGACGUCAGUGGAGUGGUAUGUUAUACUGCAACAUCAAAAAUAUAAUUGCCUUAGGAAGUACAGUAUACACAAUAUGAUGUAAAAAUGACACUGUAAACAAAACAACGAAAAUUAGAGAGUAGGUUGAAAGUUAAUGAUUGGAAAAAAAAAGUCUGCAAGGUAUUGUAGAGUUUGUGAAUGUUUGCCACAUAAUAAGAUUUUGGCAUUUAAAGAGUAGUCAAAGACAUGAAUCGUUGUAGAGUUGUUCCAUGGGUAAUAGGUCAAGUCAUCGUAUAUCUUUAAAUUUUUUGUUAUACUUAAUCUCAGUUCAUACUACCAGGAUCAAUUUCCUACUACCUAACAUAGACAGUGAAUGUUAUUUAUAGUGUUUCCAUCAAAUAAUGCACUUUAGAAUCCAGAACCUUCAUGUGUAUUAUAUUUAUGUUAACGUCUGAACUUUAAAGUGUAACAUAUGAAACUCCAGGCUGUCAAAUGAUUUAAUAUGCUCUCUUCUCCCCAUGAUCAAAUACCCUUAAUCUAUAUAAGGCCAAUGUGGUUACAGUAGUAGUUAAGCUUUUGAAAUUUAUUUAUACUUAUUAAAUGAAGUAUUAUGGAAUUUUCCGUGCUUAAGAUACACGUGCCUUCGCCCCUCAUAGUCAUACAGUACUGUGAACUAGUGUAAAGUGAGCCAAGGCAUUCCUGUCUUAUUUGGAGAUCUUGUGUAUAAGAAGACAUGUCAUCAUAAAGUAAACUUAGAAGGCUCUCAGGAUGUGAUGAUCUGGGCAACUGAUUCGUAUGUCAAAGUUAGGACAGAAAAUUAUUUGGCCUUGUAAAGUAUACAAGAAGACUAUUUCUUGCUAAAUAUUUCAUCAUUGGUGCGUGGAAGCUUUCAUACCUUUAGUAGAUCUUCGGAGUUCUGUCACUAAUAAUUAUAAACUAUAUGAAAACUGGACCCCUCGUUUGGUUAUAUAUUUUAAGAAAACGUCUAACUAAUAAUGUUAAUUGUUCAAUGGCUGUGCUGAAUGAUAUCAAUGUUUGUCCAGUUAACAUGUAGCAAAUAUAAACAGUGUAACAAUGAACUAGCUGGAUCAUUAUAGCAAGGAAAUUUCAUUGACUGUCUUGAUUCCAUAUGGUUCUUUACACUUAAAUAUAUAGUAAGUAGGGAAAAAUUGAUUGUAUAUCUUGCUCUAUUAUUUUGUGCCACUUGGUCUUAACAUCAUGCAGUGAGUAUCAUAUUUGUAUUUGUUGAAGAUUAAUUUAUGUACAUUAUGUAUAAAGCACCACUAAGUGUAACGGGAUUAGCCAAGAUUACAUCUUGGGACAAUGACAAAGUUUUAACCAGAGAGCAGGAGGAAUAUUAUUUUGGAGUCGGAAGAAUGUAUGUUUAUUAAAUGAGAUUUUUGGGAAAAGUGGGAUUAGUGUUUCAAGCUUCACACAGCACAGAGCUAGUCACCUAAUGCUAAUGCUUUGACUGCCCAAUCCUGCCUUACCCAAAACAAUAGGAGAGCACUUUAAACAAAAAGGUUAAUUUUUUUUUUUACUGGCCUCUAAUGUUUGUAUUUAAAAUUUAUAAUUAUUCCUUUUCUCACAUUUUUAGCAAGAUUAUUAAGGCAAAUGAAGUGUGAUUUAAUGAUUGUUUUGGUACCAUGUGACUUGCUUGCUUCCACCUUGUGACCACAAACUUCUCAACCAAUAUUAUACAGUACUGUACAUAGCCUGGGAUGGAUAUAAAUAAUACGUUUUCAAUUCAUCAUAUUGUUGAAUCUAAUAUGACUGAUCACACAAUGGUUUUUGACCAAGAUGAACGAGUUUGUAAAUGUGCAUAUAAUGUAUAUUUGAGCUCAUUUUUAAUCGUUCACUGAAUUACAAAAUGUUCGAAGACAAAUGAUAGAAAAAUAAUGCACUAUAGCAUUAUCCUGAUCUGUAUUUGUAUUAUGAAUAUGUGCAUAUUUUACAGUUGGACAAUUCUAUAGUAUUUUAUCACAUUAAAAAAUAAAAAAAAUUUGACCCACUUGACUUUCUGUAGCUAAAAUAUGUGGACCUGCAUAUGAUACCAUUUGUAAUGUGGUCUUUGCAAAUACAAUUAAACUGAAAGUAUCAAGUCCAGUGUUUUACCUUUUGCCAUUUAAUGUAUUGGUUUAGGUACAUGUUUGUGUAAAUGGAAAUAGUUUAUUGCAUGGUACCAAACAAUUGUAAUUUUGUCACUCGGAGGUACAGGUUGUUUUGAGCGAGCUUGCUAGUGGGUGUAUUUAUGGCCAGAUACGUUUACUCACUGCGUGAUAUUGGGCAAGGUUUCUUUGUAUUAUACCUGUAUCAGUGGGCUUUGUUUUGAGAAAUCUUCAGAGACCUGUGCACAAGUGUUUCUCAAGGUGAAUGUAAUGAUGCCACCUGAUAGUCACUAAAGAUAAUCUGUUGGAGACUUGUUGGGUUGGCAGUGUUACAUAUUUUAUAGCUAUUUUCAUAGGGGUGAAUUUGUUCCAAAUAUUAGCUUAUAACUGAAAGCUUAAUAAUCAGUCCCAAAGCAAAGACCCAAUAUGUUUGAGUCUCCAUUGAUGUUGUAUGAUCUUGAAGGGGGGCAACAAAGGCACCUGGGCGUAGGAUAUAUAUAUAAGAUAGUAAUCAAACUUUCCAGUACGUUUAUGCGUGUGUGCAAGUGUUCCGAUAUUUUACAUUGAAUGUUCUUUGGUGCUGUAUAAACAAUAGCUUAAUUUUCUUAUAUUAAUCUGUACAUAUACAUAAAUAUAUGCUUUUUUUUUUUAAGAUUUAUACAAGGAAAUUUUAAAUGUAUCUGUAUGGAUUCAAGUACAGUAGUUUAAUUUUAUUGGUUGAAUUCGCCCUUAAUGAUGUGUAAUUUUGUACUUGUGACAAGUUGGUUGCUGCCGCUCAGCCACCAACAAAGUAACUUCCUCUCAAACAAGGAGCAUCACUAGAGUAUUUGGUUUUGUAUGUGUUUGGUACUUAUCUGUUCUUUGUUUUCAAUAUCUUAAUCAGCAGCAAACAUUGUGAACCUCCAAAAACCAAAAUUUCCCCCAAACAUGGCUGAAAUGUAUAGAUUACAGUACACUUGUUUAUUUAAAUAUUGCUAUUCUUUGGUCAUUUGUUACAAUGGCAAAAUUAAGAACAUUCUACACACACGCGCGCCAAACACAAAAUAACAUACGGAACACACAACACACACACACACAAAACUCACAUUAAAGAUGCCUUUUUCAGUUUACUGUGCUUUUUCCAAGUCCCAGUCUGAAGUCCCUCUUCAAGUUUUUAUCUGUGAUAGUCAGGGGUCAUUGUUGAGUAGUAUUUUUUUAACAAAGGUUUUCAAAUGAUAAAUAGUUGGUUUGUUAGGAUGUUUAUGGAGAGUCAAUCAUGAAUAUUAAUAAAAAGAUGUUUUGUGUAA